AUGGGAGGAGGAUUGAACUCGGAGGUGCGUCAUAGAAUUCAAUGUGGAUGGAUGAACUGGAGGAAGCUGAGCAGUGUGCUAUGCGACAAGGAAGUUAGCUGCAGUCUGAAAGGAAAAUUGUAUAAAUCAGUUGUUAGACCUGCAAUGUUAUAUGGAGCUGAGACAUGGGAAGAACUAAUUGCUAGCAUUCGAAGGAAAUUAAACACUUUGCAUAUUGAACAAGUAGCCAUAAGGGAAGAAAUAUCACAAAAUGAUAUUUUAGGCCAAGAUAUUACUGCAAGAGUUGAAGAAUUGGCUAAACAAAAUGAAAUAGAAAAAUACAGGCUUCAUGUAGAAGAACUAGACAAAAUUAUCAACUUAUUGCUUUCUCUGUCAGGACGAUUAGCACGAGCUCAGAAUGCUUUAACAAAUCUUUCAGACGAUGUCAGCCAUGAAGAAAAAAAAAUUUUAGAAGCAAAACGUGAUAAAUUAAGGGAACAACAUGAAGAUGCAUGUAGAUUGAAAGAGAGCAUUGAUCGCAGAAGUCAGCAAGUCUCUACUUUCCUUCAUCAAUAUCUCACAGAAGAAGAGUAUGCAGACUAUGAUCACUUCAUCAAAAUGAAGUCUAAACUAUUGAUGGAUGCUAGAGAAAUUGAAGAUAAAAUUAAAUUGGGUGAAGAACAACUAUCAACUCUCUGUAACAGAUUGGAUUGGUUAACAUGGAAACGUAAUGCAUCUUGAAUGUCUAUCAAUGUUCUGUUAUUAUGUAAUGUUACUUAAUCAUGUCUGCUGGUUUCAGACAUAAAAGGUAGCAACAGAAAUUAUAAGAAUCUACUUUCCAUUUAUUAACUUACCAUGUUAUAUCAUCUGUGCCAAAGUUAAUCUGCAGAAUAUAGAUUCUGCAACUCAUAUAUGCCUAAAUUGCCAAGUGUUAAGUGAGAUAAAAUUUUGUGAAUAUCUUACUUUAUCUUUAUUUGUAAAGCAAAAUUCAUCUUCAUUGAAUGAUGAAAAUCAUUCCUUGUAUAAUGUAUUUAUCUGAUGACUUGGAUAUGAAAGACUCGGUCUUUCAUUGUUAUUUUCUUUUCAUUUUUUAUAUAUACAUAUUCAUAUAAGUAUACAUUGUAUUUCUUUUAAUUUAGCAUACUACUAUCUAUAUACAUUUCAGCAAAAGAUAAUAUUUAGAAGUCAUAUUUUUGGUGCUCACAAUUUUUUUCAUUUGAAACAAUUUGACUUUUGAAUUGUUUCAUUUUCUAAACAUUUAGUGUCACACUGUAAUUAUAAAAUGAUACUGUGAAUAUCACAGCUUCAUAUUUACAAACUGUAAUUUGUGUUGUUCAACUUUUAUAAUCAAUGUUAAAAGUAAACUGGUUAUUGGGAGACAUGUAAGCAUAUUUUAUGCUAGCAUGUCAUUAUUUUUGUAGAAAACUCUGGGUUACUUGAACCCAUGUAUUUCUAAGGUCAACCCAUUUUGUACAUUAUUGUGAUGAUAUUCCCAAUUUAUUUCCCCCUUUCCAUGCUGUCAAUAACAUAGGGCUGUUAUUAUUAUUAUUAUUUUUUUUUAUAUUUUAGAUACUGAAAGUGUACAUAUCUCAUUGACAAGCAUUGGAUUGGUCUGUGAUUUUAUUUUUUUUUGCCACAGUAGUUAAUAAAGUUAUUUGAUAAGUUAUAAGUUA